GGCGAACCCGCAUCCAAAAUAGCUGCUUUGGCUCGCGCUCUCCAUCGGUCAUUUCCGCUUUGCCUCUGCACUCCCUGAGAAGACCAUGUCCCGACCGAGCGCCACGCAGUCGCAGAACCUCAACAACUUUAUCGGCGACCGCUCCAGCACACGCCUCGCCAAGCCGCCGGGCGGUGGGUCGACGGUCGGAUCGCUCAUUUUUGGCGGCGCCGACGCGGCCAACAGCACGUCGGGGUCGUUCAUGGACGACCGAAAAGGCCGUCGCGGGUCGUCGAACCGCCCCGAGCAGAUCGGGAGCCAAGUGUUUGGCAACAACGAGGCGCUGGUGCGUCACGGCAGCAACAACAGCGGCGGCGGGAACAGUGACAAGGAGGCUCAAAAGUACCAGCUGCAGCAGCAGCAGUACAUGCAGCAGCAGAUGGAGCGCCGCGGAAGCAACCAGAACCAGAGCGCGAGCGACAUCUUCCUCCAGAACGCGCCGGGCAACAUUGCGGGCGAGCGCCGAACACGUCGCAUGUACAACGGCGGCCAGUCCUCGGGCUUCCAGCUCUCAUAGUCCACCACAAACUAGACGAAUAACGCACCAUGCAUAUAAUAGUAUAUUAGUUUGCUUCUACCA